AUGGCUGAUAAAUCAAGGCGAAGACAUUCAAAACAAAUGUUGUUAUCUAAAGAAGUGGAGAAAGAUGGAGUUUCUAAUCCAACUUUGGAUGAAGACAUUGCAACACAUUACCAAGCAUUUUCACAGUCUCAAACAGAAGGGGAAACAUCCACUGCUGAGGUGAUGGAAGAAAAUGAACAAGCUGUAGUUCUGGAAGGAGAAUUGAAGUCUAGACACAGGCGCCGUCGACGAGAAUUAUCGAAACUGGUGUCCCCAAAAGAUGAUGUGAGUGGACAGCUGAAGACCAUGAAAUUAGACAGCCGAAAGAAGGUGGAAGAAACAGAGCAGGAGGAUGAAUUGUUGAAGGCAUUGGCUGAAACAGGAGUAGCUGCUGCUGCUGGGGAGACAUUUUCAGCUGGUACCAUGGCUGAGCCGUUUCAAGCUGAAGAGGAUCAAGUGACUUCUGUGGUUUUAGAAGGGGAACCAGCUUCACCAUCUCAGAAAGAAGUGGAAGAGAACAAGCCCAUCACAGAGGUUCUAAGAUCCACCAUUAGAGAACGAUUGAAGAGUAGAUUAGCAAAAGCAAAGGAAGAAGCUGCAACAGAGCUGGAGCAGGAAGAGAGGGAUGAAAGGAAAAGAACACUUCGAGGGAAAAAGGAACCCAGAUUUGAAGAGCUUGAUGAGAAUGAGAUGCGAACUCUUCAGGAAAGGUCGGCCAGAUUUCAGGAGAUGAAACGUGAAAGAGCCAAACAGCAGGAAGCUCUGUCAUUCAUGCCUACAACAGAGCAAGCCUUUGAUUUCUUCACACGAGAAUGGGAACCAGAGCCAGAGGAGAUGUCAGAGACAGAGAGGCGGGAAGCAGAAGAGGCCAAGAGACUUGAACAAGAGGAGGCCGAGGCUACAGAGAAAGCAGAAGGGGAGGAACCAGAAACUGAAGAAGAAAGGGCACGCAAAGAAGAGGAUAAAGGAGAAGAGUCCAAGCUUCUCGAGGAUGAGGACUACACAGAAGAAGGGUAUGGGCCUGUUGCUAUUCGCAAGGCUUAUGCAGAGGACCCAGCCAAGAUUUCCAAGGCAGAGCAGGAAAUGCUGUAUUACCCAUCCACUACAGCAGCUCCUGCAGAAGAGAAAGUUAUUGGAGAUGCUGAGCCUAGAUUUCUAGAAGAUGAAGGAUUUUACGUGGGUGUAAAACCGUACGUGGCUAUCAGAAACAAGAAUAAAAUGGAGAACAGACUACUAAAGGAAGCAGAAAGCACAAAGCAACCUAGUAAAUGGUUUGGAGAGGAUGGACAGAUGAUAGUGCUGCCCAGCCCUCUGUGUGACACUCCAACAAGGCCCGUGCUGCAGGAGGAAGAGCUCUUAUACUUGGAAACAGUAUUUUACAAGGCUAUCCUGAGAGAAUUUGACAGUCGCUACAUAGAUGGAGCCAUUGAUGGGGGCGGGUUUUACCAGCUGGACGUGGACAUCAACUCCAUCUCCUUUACUCAUCAUCACCUGUUCAGCCGAGAGCAUGUGCUGGCAAAGAAGCUCUCUCUUCUUUAUGAGGAGUACUUGACUCGAAGGAAGCGAAAUAUGACUGAGUUUUUGACAGAAAAG